AUGCCCCAGCUACUUGCUAAAGUACGGCAUCUGUGCGCAUGUUCAGUCUACUACAGUGAUUCUGAACACUCUCGUGGGUCUACAGCUGAGCCGUAUGACUGGCAGACUUGGUUUGGGCUCUGGGAGAUCCUGGCAACGCUUAUGCCUGGGCUGAAGAAGCUGAAGCUGAAGAUGGAGUAUACGGGGCGCAAGGAAGAAGUUGGGGUAGAGCAAGGAUGGGUAGAAUUUAUGGUUGGAGUCAAACAUGUCAAGAUAUGA